AUGAGCGCUUGGGUUUCUUGAAUGGGGAAAACGCGCGCGGCAACUGCAACAGCAGCAGACGACGACGACGACGACGACACACACACAGACACACCGACCGCGAUCGUCAACGGUCACACACGCGCUUUGGUGUUAGACACGAGUCAGCCGCUCCGCGUCGUUCUUUUCUGCACACACGUAAUUAUAAUAAUAUUAUUAUUAAUAUUGUGCGCGAUAUCGUUUCGCUGUUAUUUUUCCGCGACGUCUUUCACGAAUGCGUCUUGUGCGUCAUCGCGAUUUUAACGAAAAGUACAUAAUAAUUCGUGAUUUUUAGUGCAUUUUUUUGAGUGCGUUUUUUUUCGCGCGUUUUGCCGACGCGUUUCAUUCGGAUUUCAAAAUACAAUACAUUAGACAUCUUUCGCCGCGUACGAAAUAUGCAAAAGAUCUGAAAAAAAAAAACCAACCGUAAUAAUAAUACCGUGUAAUAAAUUAUUUGUAUACACGUACGUAUAUAAAAUAUAUAUACGGAACACGCGCGCGCACGGCGACAAGUGUUCAUCGACGACGGACGUUUACCGGUCGUUUGGGUUCGCGUGAAAAUCGUUUUGGGGGGCCGGUGAUGCGUGAUGGUCGGACCGCGCGCGGUAACGGUGAUGUUUUGCAUGGCGGCUGCGUUGACGUUGGUAGCGGCUGCAGUGGCGGCCGCAGAAGCGUUGGAGUCCGCGGACCUCGGCGUCGCGGCCAUGGAGUUGACGACUAACGGCAGCAACAACAACAUCGACAACAGCAGCAGCAACAACAACAACGGCAGCGACAGCAGCCACGACGACCGGCAGCCGACGACCGAAUUACUCGCGACCGUCGACCAACAACCACCGCAGCAACAGCCGCAGCCCAGGAGGUUCAGACACGAAGCGUCCGCAGUCAGAGUCUUGUAUCAGACCGGGAGCUCUGAAGAAGAGUUGCCGGUGUGCGAAAAGUGGGCGGUGUGCAGCAAGGUGGACAUGUAUCAAUGGCCGUGGGUGGAGAGGCAGUGCAGGUGUCCACCGGGCGUGCCGCCGUGCUCGCAAAUGCUGUCGCCGGCUGAUGGGCACACCAUCACCGACAAAACGAGGCAGUUCAAGCUAUGCGAGCCCAUCAAGAUGUUGCCCAAAUGUCGUUACUUUCGCGACAUGGCGUGGACACUUCGAAGCGAGGGUAACGGUACGCUGCAGACGGUUCACUGCCACUGUCCCAAGGGUUCGGUUGCCUACUUACUGAAGCGGCAAGCGUACCAGACCGAGUCCAAACAGAUCGGCUAUCAGUAUUCGUUCGCGUGCUCCCCACAAAGCAGGCUCCGAUGCCAGCGGAAAGAACCUUGUCGGCUAUUCACGGUGCGAAAGCGUCAGGAAAUGGUGGACGAGGUCAACACUAACACGUUGUGUCAGUGUCCGCCGGAACAUGCGUGCCCGUCUCAUCACACAGAUGCAGGAGUGAUACAGAGUAAGAACUACUCGGAAGAGAACAUCCGAACGUACAGCGGAUAUUGUAUGCAACCAUCGACCAACUAAACCAUCCAUGUACCCUCGCUCAUGCCCUUCCGUCUGUUAACUAUCCAACUACUUGGACAGUGAUUGACGAAAGGGUCGUUUUUUAAAUUAUUUUAAUUCGUCUAUAUUUUUGUCAUUACGACGAUAUUAUUAUUAUAUAUAUAUUUAUUAUAUAUAUUUUUAUUAUUCUUAAAAUAUUUUUUCCCGGCAGACAAAACGAAAUUAUACGGAAUAUCUCUUGGCGAUUUUAACUAAGUAUUCGAUUUCCCGGAGUUAUUUUUUUAUAUUUUUUCUUUGUUUUGUUGUAAUAAAUCAAAAAAGAAGAGCAUUUUUUUCCUACAGAAAUUACAAAUUAUUUAUAUUUUAUUCAACUAAAUUAUUUUUAUAC